GUUACUUCCGGUAAGAUUCAGAGGGUGUCUGCAACGGGAACUGUCUCCAGUCUGCACGUACCAGGUUAAUUGAAUGUUCUGUACGUUGUGGUGCUAGUUUCGUGCCAUAUUGUGCAGACACUGGAAGACGCUCUCUCGUGCAUGUGCAAGUCGAAUAAAGCUCUGACAAGAUACAACUCCCUUAGACUAGACGUUAGAGUCAUCACAAGGUGAAAUGAUGUACAACUCUUAACAGCACUUGUAUCUGGAAGUGCUUCAAGAUAUUUGAUCCAUCACAGCAUGCUAAGUUAGUGCUGCUAGGGACUGAUGAGCCUCAAACACAUCCUGAAGAAACUUUCAACUUUUCCAAUGAGGGAAGACUGGGGUUCACAAGUAGUCAACAGGGAGGCUCUUGUUUUUCUGUGCAUCAACUAUGCAUUCUUCUCUGUGGUGGUCCUCACCUUUGUCCUCUUCAUGAUUGUCCUCACACACACGUCCUCCACUGAUGAUGAUCUGUUGACGUCAAUUGCGAUAAUGGCCACCUGCUUCAUCCUGAUAGAUUUAGUUGUUGCCAAUUUCCUUGUGCAUACCAUGCAAAUGAAUAUGGAAAUUAAGGUUUUGCUAUGAUGGCACAUAUUAGUCGCAUAUUCAUCCAAAGAAAAAAGUUCCCUACAUGAGAUGGCGUAUGAUCCUAAUCAAGUUAUUGAAGCCUUUCCUUCAUAUGACUGAACUGCAUGAUGUCACUACUUAAUGUCAUUUGUGCCUGUGAACAUUUUCUUCUGUGCCAGAAAAUUUGAUUCCUUUAGAGUGACAUUAGAGUCUUUGAAUCAUGGCAACAGGGAAAGGUCCCCCCAAAUUAAAGUUGACUGGAAGCAACAUGAGUUCUGGAGUUGUGCAGGUACCGUUGUCUACAGAUAUUGAACUGAGUGGCGAUUUUGAACUUCCAACAACUCCACUGAGUCCCAGUUCAGCUUUCUCUACAUCAAAGGUUGUCAAGAUAUCUCAGAGUUACAUAGAUGCGAUACUGCUUUGCCACUGGGACAAUAUUCUUGGUCCACGCCUUGAGCAUGUGUGGUAUGUUGAUGGAUGCUCCAAACCACAUAACAGCACGCUACGCCAUAUAUGCUCACAGGUUUUGAGCGGCGAAAUCUGCCGAGAUGUCUCCUGUAGUCAGAUAGACUAUAAGUUCUAUGAUAUGCCAGACAAGUCUAUUGUUGUGCCAGCUUUCAUAUUCUCUGCCCAGACAGAUCAUGGCUUGGGGAUGCACGCCAUAGCAUUUGUUGUUCCGAACUCUGAACUUAGUAUAUACUUAAAACAUCAUGGACUUAUACAGUGCUGGAUGACAAGACUCAUUGGCAAGUUUAGGAUGUUUCUGAACAAGAACCAGUGUGAAAAUGGACUAAAUGAAUUGACAGAGUGGCUUCAAAACUGUCUGGAGAUGUUGUCGUCACUUCAAGAAUUUGGGUUGCCCGCAACUGUCCAGCUCCUAGAUACAGCAUUUUCUCCCUCCCAUAACCUGGAGCAAACAUUCCUACGUCAAGCUAUUGCGUCCCAUCUUAUGACCUUUGGUCGGAGUCUAGUCAUAGGCAAGUUGCCUGAGAGAGUUAACCUGGUCAUUCACACCUUGUCCAUGUUCAACAGCGAGUGUGAGAGAGCUGUGUCACGGCGGGUCAUCUACCCCAUUCUCUGGGCUUACCAUCACGACCUGGCACUGCAGGGUAGUCUCAAGUCUGCAAACGGCUCAUUCAAUCUACCAAUGAGGGAGAUGCUGUGUGGCCAGUACCCGUCUAGCAUCAUUGACGUCCAGAACCGGGACGUCAAGCAGUCCCCACACUGCCAGGAACACAUCAUCCGACACUAUGAGACAAUAAAGAAUGAGCUUAUCUGCCUUCAUUAUGAACAUUCCAAUGCUCAAGACUUCAAUGCAGGCUUCUAUGUUGUGUUCUACAAACAGCAGACUAUCCGGGAGUCCCUUGUUCAAAAUCUCCUAAAUGAGAUCUCUAAGCUGCCUGCUGUGUGUGGAGUGAGGGAGGCUCACAUAGCCCAGUUCAUGAGGCUGUUGCAGCGAAAGGCUCUGAGCCUUAUCAGAUACGUGGAAACUGAGACAAUUUUCCCUUUCAGUAACAGAGGGUCAGUCCAUCCAAGAGGACUGAAGAAGAUAAAAACUGACUUUAACCUAGCCCUGGAGGGUGAUUUCAGAAUAGUUAUAGCAACAGCUGAGAAGCUGAAGCCAGGAUUUUACCACCUGCUCCUCGGGGAGCGAAAAUAUGACGUAGAACAUCUUCCAAAUAUGACAGACAUUUUGUAGCAGGGGAUCUCGGACUGAUGAGCCUCAGCGAGGAGACUGUAUGUUUCUAUACUUCCCAUCAAAUAUUGUGAGGAAAUGAUGCAUUCACAGCUCAUGGACAGCACUUGGUUAGAAGAUACCAAGAAACAUAUCUACCAUGAUCUACCAGCUGUUUGUAUGACAUCGAACAGGGCUGGGCACUAUCUUUAAGUGGCCCUUACCAAGGAUUCCAAACAAUAUUUAAAGUCAGGAUCAGAGUUUGCAUAUUCAAAGCUUGUUGAGUAUCUGAUAUCAAAAUGAUGUUUUGAUGACUGUCAUUUUAUGUAAUAUACAUGUGGGCUUUGUCUUUAUAUCACCAUCUUGAAGAAGAAAUAUGUCCAUUUGAUAUGGUAACCCACAGAUGCUACAUAUCCUUAAUGAUGUUGCUUUGUUUACAUGUAGAGCCCUGACUAUGGAUACAAAUACCUAAUGAUACAAAUGAUACACAGUACCAAAUAUUAUAGAUGUUAUUGUUUCUUUGAUCUUUGAUAGCUGUCACAUUUCAGCCAUAAAUGAGCCAGAAUAACUCAUAGAACUGGAAAGGAAAUGUAGCUUAUCUUUGAUGAAUUAAGAUGUUUCCCAAACCGGUAAAGUGGUGGACAUCCUAUGUUUGUGUUUUCAUAACUGCUGCUUGUUUGGUCACAUUGAUUGGAGGUUUAGUUGUAUAUCACAACAUGGACUUGAUGAUCUGAGGUACCUGCCUCGUCUAUGUUUCUCACAUUCAUGUCACACUCAUUCCAUGGAGUGAUACCAAUGUUGUUUUGAACCCAACUUGCUCAUUCCAUGGAGUGAUACCAAUGUUGUUUUGAACCCAACUCACUCAUUCCAUGGAGUGAUACCAAUGUUGUUUUGAACCCAACUCACUCAUUCCAUGGAGUGAUACCAAUGUAGUUUUGAACCCAACUCACUCAUUCCAUGGAGUG